CGCCAAGCAGCUGGCUCACAGGCAGACCGAAUUCUGCAGCCAGCAAAGGACCUGCACAGCCCCCACCACCUUCUGCCUUGUGGUUUUUUUUUUUUCCUGGAAUACAGACCCGACCUUGGGAGCAAGAUGUGCAAGGGACUCGCUGCACUGCCAGCCACUUGCUUAAAAAGUGCCAAAGACAUGAAGCAUCGUCUGGGUGUCUUGCUGCAGAAGUCAGACUCCUGUGACUAUGGCUCUUCCCAGGGCAAGAAGGAGAAAGUAUCUCCAAGCCAGAGGGUUAGCCAAGAGGAAAUCAGAAAGUGGGCAGAGUCAUUGGAAAACUUGAUCCAUCAUGACAGAGGACUGGCUGCUUUCCGUGCUUUUCUCAAAUCUGAGUACAGCGAGGAAAACAUCGAGUUCUGGGUCAGUUGUGAGGACUACAAGAAAACAAAGUCACCAGCCAAGCUCAGCCCCAAGGCCAGGAAGAUAUAUGAUGAGUUCAUCUCUGUGCAGGCAACAAAAGAGGUGAACCUGGAUUCAUGCACACGGGAGAAGACAAGCCACAAUGUGCUGGAGCCUACACUGUCCUGCUUUGAUGAGGCUCAGAGAAAAAUAUUCACCCUCAUGGAGAAGGAUUCUUACCGACGUUUCCUCAAGUCCCCCUACUACCUGGACUUGGUCUGUGGGCCUGAAAACUGCAAAAGAACCCACGCUCAUGCCUUAGACUGUAACUCUAACAUCAUCUCCCAGUGUGCCUGAACCUGCAGCAAGGCCAGGAGUAGGCUGGGCUCUUGUAGGAAUACAUGGCAGCAAAAGCAUUCAUUGGCAUGAAGCAACAGAGCUGUCCUCGGUAGCUGUCUAAUGUCCCCAUUGUGUCCCAUGUCAUGCAACAGCCAGCAUUUGUAACCCAAGCCAGGCUCAGUUUGUGUAGCGAACCCUCCUCUGACUCCGACUGUGCAGGAGCCCUGGGGUCUGUCUGACGUGAGAGCGCGGUGAGGUCACUGUGGGUCCAUUUCUGACAAGCACUGAGCCCAGGAGGGUGGGAGCAGCAGGGAAGGGGCACACACUCCUACACCUAGCACUGGCCGCAAAGGGAACAGUCUUGUGAUGUCACAGUGUGACACUUAGCAAGGAGCAGGGAAGCCAAGUGAGGCGGUGGGGACUGAUAUCUCCCCUUCUAAUCAGCGAAAGCUUAGGUGGGAAGGAAGGACUUGCUCUGGUCCUUAGCUGUUCGUAUAGCUCCCAGCUACCCAGGCUCUCAGCAGUAUUCGCUCCGUGCUCAGACUGUGCUGCAUUACGGUUAUCAGACACAGGAGGAGCCCCACUCUUUCUUGAAGGGAGACCAACAUUUUCAGACGAGCAAACAGCCUCCUGUGGUCACGUCACAGAAUUGCAUGAAGCUCUCCCCGAGCUGCUUUUCCCUCUGUAGCAUCUAGAAGUUGGCCAGGGAUCUUACCUUUUUUUAAGGCUGCACAGAGCUAUUAUUUUGGGGAAGGUUCAUUUUUUUGAACGUAAUUGUACCCUUCAUGCUCCCAGACUAAAACUACCAUUCUAAUACCACAGCAGAGCAGAAACUUGCUCCUUCUUUUCCAGACAGCUGUAUAUUAGUAACUCUUGGAUGCAGGUUUGCCUGUCCUGACUUGAAUGAAGCAGUUUGUGACAGAGUAAGACCACUACCACAACAGCUGAGGAGGGAAGGCCCUGCUUGGGAGUACUUGAAAUAUUAUGAGUUUUUUUGUUUCCUUUUUAAGUUACUAAUGUAAGUUAUUCAUGUCAGUCCGUAGUUGCAUUACUCGCUUUUGUCCUGAAGAUGGUGGAAGGGGUGUGCUGGCCUUGUUACUGCUCCUGGGCUCUGGUCAUACUUUCCCCAGCCCUCUGUCUUUCCCUAGCUGGAAAUUGCUGCUCUGACAGCAAUAUAUUCCUCGCUCUGCAUCCCCUCUCAGUCAGCUUUUCUCACAGGGGUUCUGACAUAGCAGGAGAAGGCUGUGGCUCUCCAGUAGGUGCUUUGAGGCCCACACAGAAGCGUCUCUUUUAACAUUUGCUUUCUUCUGCAUUUCUUAGUGCGCUGACACAUACCACCCUGCAUGUUCAGCUGCAAGAUGGAGAGCUUCUAAUACUCUGAGCAUAGCUGAGCAUGUGGCUAUGUUUUAUUUUCCCCUGGUACUGGGAACUCUUGACAACUCUUGCAAAAAAAUGUAUUGAUAUUUAAAUAAUAAUGAACACAUACUAAAUAAAACUUAUUUGGAUUAGUCCCUGCUAAA